UUGUCGAGCACAAUGAAAGUUGUUCUGUUGUUUGUUGCUGCCAAUACCAAUCAUAGAGGCACACUACCAGACAAUAGGACACCAUUGCCAUCCAGUGGAGGUAUAUUACCAAGCGGCAGAGUCGUUCUACGAGUCAACAGGAUUUCACUACAGUUCAGUAUUUUCACGCUAGCAGCUGGUACAGUCACCAUUGGUAGCAGUGGCGGAGGUCCACGGGCAACCCCUACCACCGCCAGCAUCUUGAAUGAGAAUCUAAGCACCGGCAAUAUCACGGCUGAGAAUAGAUUUUUGGCGAGGUCGUCCUACACGGAAGAUGACGAUGAUACCAUUUGUGUCGAGGCAGACAACAAGCUCUACUUGUAUGCUAGUUCGCUGAAGCUGUAUUCUUGCUACAACCAGCUACCGAAAGUUUACGUGGUGAAGCCAAAGAAUCAGUGUAAACCAUACCUGUCACAUUGCCCCAGGAACUAGGAGUAUUGCAAGUCUGGUGGCUCAGCUUCAAGGGACUGACUCGUCUGCGAGUGAGUGAAGACUAAAUGGCUGGCCUGCUGACUGAAGACAUCUACUGUUUCCAGAGAAGCCAAGAAACUGCAAGAGCGUCAUUACUUACCUUUUCUACUCAAACAUAAUCGAGGGAAUCUACUCAUCCUCUUCUAUGAAGUUUCUGAUUACUUCACGACAUGCAAUAAAUUUCAUUGUUGCAAAGAUUAGUAUUUAAAACAUUGCGUUUGCCUUAUUUUAUCUUUCUGUUGUUGCUGUAAUAGUCGUAUGCUACGCAAUAAAAGUGUAGUUACUUAACA